AUGGGGCGCAUGUACGGCAAGGGCAAGGGCAUUGCCUCCUCCGCAAUUCCUUACAAGCGCACUCCGCCCAGCUGGUUGAAGAUGAAGCCUGAGGACGUGACUGAACACAUCUGCAAGUUGGCCAAGAAGGGCUUGACCCCUUCCCAGAUCGGUGUGACUCUGCGCGACAGCUUCGGCGUGCCAAUGGUGAAGACCGUGACAGGCAACCACAUCCUGCGCCUCCUGAAGUUGAACGGCCUUGCACCCAGCCUGCCGGAGGAUUUGUACUACCUCAUCAAGAAGGCCGUCUCCAUCCGAAAGCACUUGGACAAGAAUCGCAAGGACAAGGAUGCCAAGUUCCGCUUGAUUCUGGUGGAGAGCCGUAUCCACCGCCUGGCUAGGUACUACAAGCGCGUGAAGUCUCUGCCGGCCACCUGGAAGUACGUCUCGGCCACGGCUUCUGCGCUGGUGGCGUAG